AUGGAAAUUCCCGAGAAUCAAGCGUACGUGCCACAUACAAAAUGUAUCAUCCAAGUAGUAUUCGAACAAGAAGGCGCGUUAAAACGAACGGUUGAAUUCAUUCAACAAUAUUACAAUUCCCAAAUAUGCCGCACGUUCUUUAUUCCGCGCAAGAUCAACAAUUCGUUACGUUAUUACUCUUCAAAUAAGUGGAAAAUGCCAAUAAUUUCAUCAAUUAUACUUUUUGUAUAUCCCGUACUUACAACCGAAUUUUCAUCGGUAACUAAUGAAACACGAGUAAAACCAAUUCAAAUCCAAUUACUUGAAAAACCGAUAAAAGUUCCUAUCAAAAAACCUUCGAUGCUUACUAUUUCGCCGACUAAUAAUCCGAUCAAUUGUAAACAAUUCAUUUCUAAAAUAUUCAACAAACGAAAAAAAAAAGUAUUAUGGAGAUUACCUCUAGAAGUUAGGCGACAAUUUAACGAAAAAAAGAGUCCAAACAGAUUUAUUAUUCCUUUUGGGUUUGAACUUAAUAUUGAUUUAAAUCCUAGUCGAAAUUUAGUUGAUAAUUGUAUCAAAAAAAAUCUUUAUUAUUUCGAGGAAGGAAAAUAUUAUGAAUCGGAUAAAGAUUUUAAGAAAUUUCAAGAACAUGAUGAGGGAAAAGAGAAUAAUAAAAAUGAUAAGAUUGACGGAUUUCGGUAUCAUAAAUAG